AUGUUUUCUAUUCUUAAAUCUUCAGUUGAAAUUUCAGAACAAAAAUAAUUCCAUUAUGAACUUGAUUAAUAAAUAUCUAUACCAGAUGCUUGGUGUGGCUCAAUUUCUAUAAAUUCUAAUAAAUUAUUACUUUUUGCUGGAUGUUCAUUUAGAACUUUAAUCUUUUAAUUUAGUAAAUAAACUAAAUUAUUAGUAUCAAUAUUGGAAGAAAAUUUUGCAAUAAGUACUAUAUUAUUGAAAAAUAAUUCAAAAGAAGCAUUUAAAGGAGAUUGUAAAGGGAAUAUUAAAAUUACUUAAAUAAAUGGGUUAAAUAAUUAUCGAUUUUUAAUUAAGUCUAAAGAACAUAAAGAUUGUAUUACUCAAUUUUUGAUAUCAAAAGAUGAACAACUUUUUAUUUCAAGUAGUAUUGAUGGAAAUAUUAAAUUUUGGAAUUCAGGAUAUUUGAUAAAUUGCAUUUAAACUAUAGAAAGCAAUUUAGGUAGUGUUCUUGGGAUAAGUUUGAAUUAAUCAGAAAAUGAAUUAAUUGCAUGUGGAAAAAAAUAGAUAAUUUUAGUUAUUAAUAAAUCAAUUAUAAAUAAGUAAUGGUAUAUAUUUCAUUAAAUUGAAACAGAGUCUUAUGGAUAUAGAUUAUGUUAUAUUUCAGAAAAUGCAUUUACUUUUCAACCUAAUUGUCUUGGAAAAUUGCAAAUUUAUUAAAAAAAUCAACUAUCCUUUUUUUAUAACAAUAUAAAUGAAUUCUAAGUUAAGAGAAAUUAUAUAGAUUGUUUAUUCCCAUAAUAAUAUAUUCAAAAAAAAUCAAUAUUAAUCAAUAAGAUAGGAAAUUUUAUUUAUAUUAUUAAAUUCAUAAAUUAAACUCAAAUUCUUUAAGUUUAAGUUAUUGAUUUUGAAACUUACAAUAUAUAUGGAUCAAUUAGUGAUGAUGCAGAAUUCUUAAUAACCUGGGAUGAUAAAACUGAGUUAAUAUCUAUUAGAAAAUUACAAGAAAUUUGA